AGUAAGUGUUGUCAAUAUUGCAUGUGCGUGCCCUGGUGGUGGUUUACCCUGCACGACGGAGGGCGACUGUCGUGGGUGUUGUGGUGCGCGGGAGUGGCUGGUGCAAGGUUGUGCUCGCCCCAUCAUCAUGUGUUAUAACCACAACCAGCCUCUAUAAUAUAUGAGACUUCUCAUACUUCAGAGAGUCUCACACACAUCCUUCAUUACUAUGGGUCUGAAUUUGCCCUGAUGGGUAACGUUUCAAAGCUCAGCCUUUUUGUUAGUUUGUUAUUUAGCCUGUCUUUGAUUUGUUCUGAGCUAUAAGACCUGCACUCUCAAUGUAAUAGUGCGUGUUCUCGUCGAAGUGCGUGUUCUCAUCGAAGUGCGUGUUCUCAUCGAAGUGUGUUCUCAUCGAAGUGCGUGUUCCCAUCGAAGUGUGUUCUCAUCGAAGUGCGUGUUCUCAUCUACGUGUGUUCUCAUCGAAGUGUGUGUGUGUUAUCAUUAUCAAUACAGUAUUUAUUUCCCCUAAAUGAAAUACAGUUACAUAUUCAGUAGUGCUGUAUAGGGACCUGAACAACCAAGAAUGCAGCAGAGAUAGUAACAAGAUUCAUGCCCAUGCCAAACCUGCCCAUCAUCACGACGGUGCAAGUAACUCACCAUUCAUCAGUCAGCAGCCAGUCAAAGGCAGACGUGCUGUGAUCCUUGCCACUGAGCCCGGGGCCUCCACAGCUUACAGUCAACGCCCACAUCUGAAGGUCGAUCUCUGAGCAACAGUCAGGAUGGGGAUGCAAAUGAAUUUCAAAGGAUUGGAAUUUCCAUCUUAUUAUGAGGAUCUAAGAGAAAUUGUGACGACGGUGGAGACCCGCCUUCGUCCCAUUCCUGAGAUCAGGAUGCACGUCUCCCGCUUCAUGGACGGUGCAGACAUGGAUCAAGUCUACCCUAACCUGUACCUGGGUGACUGUGACGCAGCCAUGAAUGAGCAGUACCUCCUCCGGCACGGGAUCACACACAUAGUCAACGCUGCGGACAACUCUGGAGGCCCUGCACCGGUCAAGACUGGCGCUAAAUAUUACAAGGAUCCUUCCAUUACGUACUUGGGUCUUGACCUCAUUGAUCUGCCAUUUAUCAACAUUUCCUUGCACUUUGAGAAGGCGUCGGCAUUUAUUGACAGCGCUCUGAGAUCCGGAGGAAAAGUUUUGGUGCACUGCAGGCAGGGACGGUCGCGGUCUGCCUCAAUUGUUGCAGCAUUUCUGAUGAUGUGUUGCAACAUGACGGCUGCCACAGCAUUGACGCUGAUCAGAGAGAAUCGAGAGAUUCGCCCAAACAACGGAUUUCUUCAGCACUUGGCAGAAUUAGACUUAAAUCUCUUCAGAAUGAGGUUCGAUAAAUUGAGGAGUGAGUCAUCAUCAUCCGAAUCUGAAUCAGAUGAGAAUUCAUCAAUUGAUUGUGAAAAUGAAAGUGAUGAAUCAGACGAGGAAAGGGUAUAAAUAUAAUCCAAGAUUAUUAAACUCGUGACCAAGAGGCUGAGGUGCCACAUAAAGAAGCAGGGUAAUAUGUAAUAAGGAGAUUACAAUGCUUCUAUAUGCAGAUAUGUAUCAGUACGUAUUGAUUUGUAUAUGCUGCUAAACCCACACAUUAUAGUUCAAGAGGAAGGUUUGGUCGACCUAUGGACAAUUGUCAAGUUACAACACCAGCACCUGUCCGGGACACUACCAAACAUGUGUUCUUUAAUGUGUGGAUUUUGUGGAGUUUUAUUGCCAAUACAUAUAUGUUUCAUACAUACAAACAACGUGAUUCGUACACAAACAUGAUUUACACCCUUGUUUCUUAUUUAUUUACGUUACUUUUGUUCUCACAUUACUAACUUACUCCCAAAUACCAGCACCUCCGUCAUCAGGUAAGAUCUCUUGUCUACUUACACAAUCUUCCAUAUGAAAAAAUUCAAGUUAGCACGUAGUGUUUAAACUGAAGUCUGGAGAGAAAGUUCAGAGUUUUGUAACAUAAAUAUUUGAAAAGAUUAAAGCAGAAUUCAUCUUCUUAUUCAAAUCUAAAAAAAGUUAUAUAAUAAGAAUGAUACAUAGGAUAAAAUAUCACAGUGAACUGUUAUAAAACAGGAAAUACAUGAGGCUGCACAUUGUGGCUUCUACCGGAUAUAUAUAUAGAAUACAGGGCAUUUAGUAGCAAUUUCAAGAUUUACAAUAACUUCUGGGGUUGGAAAGUGCUGACAUAGCCAGAGGAAAAGUGAAACGAUUAUUGUUUGAUGCGAUAAAGACCAAAGCAGUGAGGUACAGAAAACAUAUCCCCAUCGAUUGAGAGAAUUCGCUAAAGAUCUCAUCUUACCAAUGUUGAUUGUUUUCUAACUAUCCCUUCAAAAUAGUAAAUUGGCCAUCGAAAGAUACAAUAGUUAUCUACAAUAUGCCAGACAUUAUGCAUUUUUGCCUCUAUACAAGAAAGGGAAUAAGGAUGAUGAUCAAGGGCCUAUUUUAUUGAACUUCAUCUCUAACACGCAUUGUAGUAGAGGUGUUAGAGAAAACGUUACGAAUAAAAUGGGUCACCACAAAGUGUAACAACCGAUUAACAAAUAAUUUGGUUUAAAGUAAACAACAAUUUAUCUUUCUUCUUGAUAGUAGGUGCAGUUUGCAUGAAGGGUUUAGCCACAAUUUAUCUGCUUCUGUUAUUACUCAAGAAAGACACGGGGUGGAUAGGCUUUGUUUAUAGGCUUCUAAGACACGUUAGAUAGGGUCCCUUAUAAAAGAUUUAUCUUAUAUAAUGGAUGAAAGAUUUGUAUCCAAGAUUAAACUAGAGGGAUGCACGAUGGAGCUCAAUGCCAACCCUUAUGUUCGGAUGCCAGACGGCAGUGUUGAAUGCGAAAAAUCGAGAGCUAGAACAGUGGAACUGGACAAUUUGAGAAACGUUUGGCGUUAAGAGAAAAUACAUACCAAAAUAGAGAUGGUGUCCAAAAAUCUAUAAACCUCAAGAUUAAGACGUGUAUGCUAAUGGUUUGAGACUGACUGGGUGAUGGUAGACUGGUGAAGAGUGUAUAUAAAUAACUUUAAGGAUGAAAGAGGAGAGGAGGUCCUGGCAGUAGGUGGUCUACUGUCAGGACUUCUCAUUCCUCUUUAAAGUCACUUGAAUACUUUUUUUAGCUGAGUCUACCAUUACUUAGUCAUUCAAUAUGCACAAACCAUUAGAAUGCACGUCUCAAUCUUGAUAUUCACAAAUUUGUUGAACAGGACGGGCUGGUGGGAUAGCCUCAUCAAACGUUGCAGAGUGACUAGUUGUUAUCGGGAAUGGUCAUAAGGGGUGUCUGUCCCCAUGUGCCCCCUUUGAUGCUUGAUAACAACUUCCAAACUCCCUAAACACCGGCCUACAUCCUUACAAAGAUUCAUUUUGCAUAUUCUACAUGACGAAGGCCUACAAAUAGGCCUUCGGGAGGUUUAUUAGUAGUCCCAAGGUCAAACUACUGACCUUCCCAGGGUGCAAGCCUACAAAAGUUGAUUAACUUCUGAGUACCUAUUUAUUGCUAGGUGAGCAGAGCCAUUAAGUGAAAGGAAACGUACUCAUCCAUUUCUGUCCAACCAGGGAUUCGAACCUAGGAUUCCCAAUUGUGAACCGAGAACGAAUUCAACUGUACUACCGACACCCAGGGAUUGGCCGGGAUUUUAGGUAGAUCAGUCCUUCUAUCACUGUCGGGCUCUGCCUUUCGACCCAAAUCUGGCGUUAGUAAAAUUUGUCAGGCCCAUUUGUGGGGUUCUUCCAGCUCUUCGGCUCCUAUUGGAAUCCUGGUUGGUAUGUGUCCCAAGUCGUUGGUUCUGUCUGCUAGCCAGGGAUACCGUGCUAGCAGUUUCAGCCUUCUGGUCAACCUUCUGAAGACCCAGUUGCCCUUCUCGCUGCUCCUUUACUGUCUCGGUCAGAGCUGGACACCAGGUCAGCGUCCAUUUAUCCUGCGGCUGCUAUUGAUCGCUUUGUUUUUUACUCCCUAGGGGGGAAGGGGGGAGAUCUGGAGGUGUCGUCUGCUGUUUCUCCGGUUGGCCGUUCUUUGCCCACUUUGGGAUCCGGUGGUGCUCACUUAGCUUCCCUUUUUUUGAACCCCUGUUGCAUCGAUUUCCUCUUUGGGCUUUUCAGGGUUCAGUCCCGCUGUGGGCUCCAGCACUGGUGAUCGAGCCUUUUGUUGUUUAAGAUUUGCUACUUGGAACAAAAAGUUCCAAGUAGCACGGGCUAUGGUGAGCCCGUAGUGGACAUUUUUCUUCGAGCCUUUCAUUAACGUCUCGGGCGUAGGUUGGGCUUUGUCUGCAGCUGUCGUCAUGCGGCCCAGGGUUAGUGAACCCGGGCGUGGGUGUGCACUCAUGUCAAUGUUUGUGAGAUAGCGGCGGUGUGAAUGACGCUUCAAGGGUUGAAGACGCAAGGGGACAAAAAUACUAGAGAACCCAAAAGCUUGCACAAAACGACGUGUCAUUUACUCUUGACAUGAAGCUUGUGAUUUGUUGAAGAUAACAACCUACACAAAUCCUGGAAUAAGUUGAUAAAGCCUGAAAAUAUAAAUUAUGUCGGUUAUGGUAAUAAUGGUUAAUACGCCCCCCCCUCUCCUGCCCCCACGUCCCCUCCUCCCCUGCCCCCAUGCCCCCUCCUCCAUCCCCCCCUCCGUUUCUGCUCCCAAGCCCCCCACCUCUUCUCCCCCACGCCCAUCCCGCCCCCACCUCCUGCCAUAGAGUACACAAUGUUCACACCUGGUCUUGAAGUCAAGUCCUCACCAGUGAGUACAUUAUAAUCUAGUCAGGUCAGUGAGAGCACGGAACCAACUGACAGUGAGGUAUGAUAAACACGAUAUGUUUCAACACUGAGUGUGGAGCAGGAGGAUGUGGUGCUACAGUGUGGCUUGGGGAGCAGGAGGAUGUGGUGCUACAGUGUGGCUUGGGGAGCAGGAGGAUGUGGUGCUACAGUGUGGCUUGGGGUGCUGGAGGAUGUAGUGCUACAGUGUGGCUUGGGAGUGCAGGAGGAUGUGGUACUACAGAGGACCCAAAACAGAAAACGGGACAGUAUAUCAACUUCCCCAGCUGCCACCAUUUUUAUAUACGACAAUUGUUUUGACGUACACUCCGGGAGAGUAUACGUCACAAUGCGACGUUCAGUUAGGAGGACGGGCUGUAUCACCCUGAUGAGAUCAAUUACAUAUAAAGAUUUAAUUAAAUGGUAAUAAUUUUCUAAAGUAAAGUAGCCUUAAAGCACGACUUAUAUAAUGCAGUAAUCAACGGCUUAAGAAGAUCUACUUUAACAAAGUUACUCGAAGAAUUGCACAAGAAGCCUAAAGUUUUUACCCUUUACAAUCUUUUAAAAAAGAAAAUGUUUGCAUAUUUUAAAUUACUUUAAUGGAAGAUAAUAAAUGUGUAUCCCCCUUAAAAGCCACGUUAAACAAUGCAGUAAGAGAUUUAAUCUGAUGCUCCAUAUACCUGGGCUCUAGGAGGCUCGAACCGGUGACCCCAAGUGUCUCUAUUGACCGAGCUAUUCGGCCUCACACGCGUGGAGUGUGAGGUGUUCCACGGAGGUGUGGAUGACAAUAUAAUCUAAUGAUAUAUAUGUGUGUGUGUGUAUAUUCAUUAUGAGGAGCUUAUGUAUUGCAAUAAUAUAGAAUUUACAUAUUCAAUAUGGUGACAUAAUACCUAGAGCUUAUGUAUUGUAUUAAUAUAUUUACAUUACAAUUUAGUGAUAUAAUACCUAAACUUUAUAUAUUGCAUCAAUUUAGCAUUUACAUAUUUAUAUGUUAAUGUAAUAAUUGUGGUUGCUAGCUACUUGAAGUAUUAUUGUGUACCCUUUGGCUGGGUCAUAGCUAUAUACACCCAAACAUUUACGCUGAUUUUGGGUGCAUAUACGCUAAAGCUUAGCCUAGUUUCCCCAGGAGUUAGAUUCACGAAGCAGUUACGCAAGCACUUACGAACCUGUACACCUUUUCUCAAUCAUUGACGGCUUUAUUUACAUUUAUUAAACAGUUUACAAGCAUGAAAACUUCCCAAUGAAUGUCAACCCA